AUGGGCCCCAGGAGCGUCAAGGACGCAACCCGCUUCACGUCCACCAUCCCCCACGCAACUUCAAAGACGGCCACCGGCGGGUCCGCUGUUGCGCCCAAGGUGCCGCGCAUCCCAGGCGAGACUCCCGAGCAGCGCGUGAGGAGAUUGCGGCAGGCGCACCUCGCUGCGCAAAAGGCGCAGAUCAGCAAGACGGACAAGUUCAUCGACGCCUCCCGGAGGUUCCUCGAUGUUGCGCACCGGUGGACCGUCGGAGGCAUCGUGAUAUUCACAGCCGUCGCCGGUGUCGUCUCCAUCUACUCCGUAUGGGACAUGCUCCGAUACAACCGCGCCCGCCGCGCCGAAUGGGUCGAGGCCCAGAAGCAACUUGAAGCCGACGAGCUUGCCAGCGCCCGUCUAGCCUACCUCAAGGGUGAGGCCACAGAGGAGCAGAUUCUCCUUGUCGAAGAGGCCAACCGUGAGGCCGAGGCCAAGGGCGAGAAGCUACCACCCCUGCUGGCCGCCCCCUCGCACCGCACACACUUUGAGGAGAAUAUCAAGCCUGCUCUCGAGGGCAGCAAGAAGGAGGAGGAGACCGCAAAGACGGGGGGCAAGGAGGAGGAGGGCGAGCAGGUGGGUUCGUCACAGGAGCGCCUGGGCUAUGAGAGCCUGAGCGAGGAGGACGAUGCCACAGGUGUGCGAGACAGCGAUCUGGUGCGCUCAAUCGAAGCCAAGGCACAGCAAGCCUGGGAGAAGGAGAAGGAGAACCAAAGGACGGGUGGCAGCCUGGACCAGCUAGGCCUCGAGACGGCGGGAGGCCAAUCCUCUCAGAAGAAGUCCUGGUGGAAGUUCUGGUGAACUGCAGCAAGAGAAUUGGAAAGACCAAAAGACAAGGUAAGGGACCAGAGGGAUGGUGUACGUCACACGGUCACAAAAAAGAAGAGUGUAUCAUAUCGUGUAGAUUGGCAGUGCAUUAGACGGCGUCGGGGACCAUCUUGUAUGUACCAUUACGGGGAAACAAGCCCUACUUUACCAU